AUGGAAUUAAAAAUAGAAAGACAACUAAUAAGAAUUUGCAUCGCUUCUGAAAACAAUGCCUCUGAUGAAGAAGAUAAUUUAAGGAUUAAACAUUUAUACUAUAUCGCAAAGCAAGAAUCAUAUCUACAAACAUCGGCCAUUUACAGAUCAAUAUUAAAUAUAUGGCCAGAAGAUGGUUCACCACCGUCAAAAGAUAUCACACCACAAAUUACAUUAUGUGGUGGUUACUUUCAAAAAUAA